AUGAGCGUUUGCGAUAAUUCGUUCACGUUCGCUGCUAUGGCCCCAACUCAGAACCCAGCUCUCUGGUCGAAUCUCGCCAUCCGCGCUGCCACUGAGCACCACACCAGAGUGCCUCUUAUCCAGGGUGUUGCCAUUGGCCUUGUUCUUCUGGCGUUUAUCAUCUGUACACUGCGCCUCACUAUUCGCUUAGGAAGACGUACUGCCAGCUAUGAGGACGGCUUCAUCGUAGUUGCCAUGUUGUUCGCGAUUCUGGAAAGCGCUGUUGCAUGCUUGGCGGCUGCCAAUGGCUACGGUGCUAUCAUGUCCACCCUUACUGAUGAACAGCUUGCGAAGGCGCUCAUGUGGUUCUGGUGGGCCCAAGUACUGUACAAACUCACCAUCUGGCCUACCAAGCUGUCCAUCCUCUUUCUUUACCUCCGUGUCUUUGGUGACACGCCUAACGUCACGGCUUUCGGUGUAAACUUCCGCAAGUCUGUGUACGCAUUGAUGGCCUUUUCCGCGGUCUUCUGUAUUGUCACACUCAUCGUCAAUGUCCUCUCGUGUAUCCCCGUCAGCCACUACUGGGACAAGAACUCUCCAGGUCACUGUGGCGUGGAUCCUUUCAGCUGGUGGUUGGCACAAUCUUUGCUCAACACUAUUUCCGACCUCAUCAUCCUCAUCUUGCCAAUGCCGUUGGUCAAGAACUUACUCCAGAUUCCUGCCCGUCAGAAAUUCGGUCUUUGCUUGGUCUUUUCACUUGGUGGCUUUGUGGUCAUCGUCACUAUCAUGCGCAUCACAACCUUCAAGACAGGAGGUCUCGGCGACGACACUACUUAUGACGGUGCUGUCACUCUCUGUUGGACCAUAGUCGAAACCAACGUCGCCAUCAUCUGUGCCUGUCUGCCAUUGCUCCGCCCUUUCAUCGCCCGUAUGAUUCCUGGAUUUUGUGGUGGCUCUGGCCUGCGCAGCAAUAGCUAUCCUAUGGCUCAGCCUACCACUUCAGAUGAGUCUCCCAGGUACAAACCUCGCAGUAGCCAUAUGCCCGAAAGAAUGCGCCCUCGUUCUUGGGUCGGCAUUGAGACUGUCAUUGGUCAAGGCGAUGGGCAGACUGCAUCGACUGGUAUUCACAAGCAGAUGGAAGUGGAUAUCACUACUGAGGCUAUUCACCAAAGAAGUCGGGCACAGACAUGCUUGUCUGAGAACGAGCUUGUGAAGAAGCAGGUACCAGAAACAUUCUAUUGA